GCAGUCGUCGAGUCUCAGUUGCAGCACAGCUCACUCUUACUAUGUCGGUUUCGGAUCUAAUUGGUGCCCUCGAUGCCAUUCCCAAGCUCACCACAGCUCCCAGUUCUUGUAGCAGUGACCAGGAGUCAGUCUUCCUGGAUGCCCCCGAGUGGCUGACGGAGGCAUAUCUGCAGGAUGCCCUGAGGAAAUACUAUAACGAUCGCAGAAUCAGAAUCAAUUGGGUUAAAGUGAAUCCUGCCCUCGGCAAGGGCGAGAAUUAUGGUGGAGUCCUAACCCGUGUAAAGGCACAGUUUACCCGGAGUGAUGGUAGCUCUCAAUUGGGUCAUUACAUAGUCAAGUCCACCUUCGAGGGCAACGACUUCGCCCAGAGCACCAUGGAGCCCUAUGACAUCUUCAACAGGGAGAUGGAAAUCUACGAGCAGGUCCUGCCCAAGCUGAAAGCUCUCCUGCGGGAAAUUGGUGAUACGGAGCAAAUCUUCGCCGAGACCAUGGCUGUGGACAUUGACAACUCAUCGCUGAUCUUCGAGGAUUUGAAUGCACGUGGUUUCACCAUGCCUGAUCGCUUGAAAGGAUUGGACAUGAAGAUCACCCGUUUGGUGCUUCGUAAAUUGGCCAAGAUGCAUGCCACUUCGGCGGUGCUGAAUGAGCGCGAGAAUCAUGUCUUGGAGGGCUAUGAUCGCGGCUUCUUCAACAGGUACACCGAUAACUAUGCUCCGGCCUUUGUGGGUAUGUUCCAGGCGGCGACCCGUCGGGUGGCCCAGUGGCCAGGAUACGAGAAGUAUGCCGCAAAGAUGGAGGCCCUGGUGCCCAUCUACAUGGAGCUGGGAAAGCGCAUCUUUGACAUCUCGCCAGGUCACAUUAAUGUUUUGGCUCACGGCGAUUUGUGGACCAAUAAUGUUCUGGUCAACUAUGACAAAGAGACAGGAGAGCCUCUUGAUGCCAUCAUCAUUGAUUUCCAGUACACAGUUUGGGGCUCGCCAGCCCUGGAUCUUUUCUAUUUCCUAAAUACCUCCCUGGAGUUUGAUCUCCACAAGAGUCAUCAGGAGGAGCUGAUAGCCUAUUACUUCGGCGUCUUCUCAGAGACACUAAAGAAACUACAAUACCGGGCUACAGUUCCCAGUUUGCAUCAAUUCCACCAGCAGUUGCUGAAGAAGAAGUUUUAUGCUGCUCACACCUCCAUUUCGGUGUUGCCUAUUCAGCGAAAUGUGGAAACUGACAAUGCGGAUUUCAAUGCCUUAAUGGAGACCAACCAACGGGCCUUGAACUUUAAAGAUGCCUGUUAUAGAAACCCGAUUUCCCAGAGGGUUCUGAGGGAGCUUCUGCCCGAUUUCGAAGCUGAAGGUUUGCUGGAUGCAGAUCAGUGAGAUCAAACAUACAUACACCUGUGUUUUAAAGUACAUAUUAGAACAAUUUCGUAUUGUUAUAAAGAGAUAUAUUAGACCAAUAAUUAUUUUAUAUGUUAAUAGGUUAGGCUACUCAAGGUCACCUGUAUAAUCCACUGAAAAGUAUUUAACCCUGUAGUAAAAUUAUAAUAAAUUACAAGUUCAUAAAGUUCAUUUGUAAAAUCUAUGAACCAUAAACUGUAA